GUUUCAGAAACACUGGCAAAACCCUUGUUCUGAACAUUUUCAAGUGGCAAAUUGAUGCAAAGAAAUGUUUAACUGCAAGACAAAAGGUAGGCACUCCUCCUAGAAGGAACUACAAUACCUGAAGGCUGCAUUAUCAUAAAUAGCUAAAUUCUGGGAAAAGAUCAAAGGUGGAUGCUGAACUUUUUCUAUUGGUAAAGUGAUAGCUUGCAAGACCUUACGUCAGCUGCAAUGCUAUGGUGAGAGCUGACAAUAUUUCCAUUUAUUCUUCAGCUUGGCUGGAGAAACAGCCCCUGAUUUCUGAGUCACUGCUCACAUCCUGCCCUGCUCCAGGACUUCCUCAUUCACUGCAGGAGCUCCUUGCAGCAGCACGUUUGGAUCUCAGCACAUGCAGAGGGGACACAGGGAGAUUCCACAGAGUGGCACACUGACAGAAGUGACUGAACAGGGAGUCUCAGUUUAGUGAAAUUCAGAGGACAAACACUAGGCUGAAAACAGUCAAAUCACACUUGCUGCCUCAGAAUGUCACCUGAGCAAGAGCAAAGGCUGGAGCCAUUCAGCAUCCAGGCAGAAAGGGAGCUCCAGCCUUCCCUCCCUCUCAGGACAAAGCAACUGCCUCCUAUGGAAGCUGAGCAUCCCUGAACAGCCACCAAAGGGGACAGUCCAGGUGCUGGGAUAUGUCCAUGACUGAGCUGUGGUUCAACAGAGACACAAGUAGCAGCUGAAGUGUCUGGUGAAGCUCCUGACAGGGACAGAUUCCCGAGGGCUGGGAGGCAAAAAAAUGAAAUGGGAGACUGCUCUCUGGAUGGUUGCCUGCUCACUGCUUGCUUCUCUGCCCAGAGGUCAGCUGGAUGCCACAUGCCAUGCAUUUGUUGGAGAAACUGUGGUUCUGCCUUGCACCACCACCCCUCCUGGAGAGCUGGCCCUGUCCAAGUCCAUGCUCUACUGGCAGAUUGGCACCACGCAGCUGGUGCACUUCUUUCAGAACGGGCAGGAUUCACUGCAGGGCCAGGAUGAAAAGUUCCACAACAGAACCAGCCUUUUUCUGGACCAGAUGAAGCACGGCAACUUUUCCUUAAAGAUCUCCAAUGUCCAGUUAUGGGAUGAUGCUGAAUAUUCCUGCAUCUACAGACACACUGAGAGCCACCAAACAAAGAAAUCUACAAUUAAACUCAAUGUAUUAGCUCCACCUAGGAUUGAGGAGCCACCUUCCCCUUCUGAGCAGAAUCAGAUUCCCUCCGGAAGCCCCGUGGAUGUGCCACGUCUGGCUGUGCUUCCCCUCUCUUUGCUCCUCCUGGUCCCCCUGGGGCUUUGGCACUUGUAACAGGGGAAGCCACCCUUGUCUUUGGGAAAUUCUCCUCACCAGAGGACCCUUCUGGGCAGGACAGGUCUGUGGGGUCAGUGUGACACCUGCUCCAGAGCACCAAGAGCUGAGAACAGACCAAGCAUUAGGCGUUCACCUCCCACAUUCUGGUGUUCCACAAAACCAAGGGCAGCAAAACUCUGAGGUGGCAAGUCUGCUUCUGCAUUUGUUUCUUGGAGUCCAGUUUUAGUGCUGCCAGGAUAUACAAUUUAUUUUGGAUUGUGUGGGUUUGCUUUAAUGACAGGACAAAAGGCUCACAAAACUCCAGGAUCAGAUUACAGCUGGUCCUAGUGAAAUCUUGUGCCUUUCAUCUGCUGUCCUUCAAGACAACUGAAGGGAGGAGUGGGGGUAACUACUCUCUGUGUCAGACAAAAACUGGAAGUAGGAAGACACUCCCAUUUUGUGAAAUGGAAGGAUGGAAACCAAGUGAAACUUGAUUCUGUGGAACUUCAGCUUCUGUUUUCACUUCUAAGCGUCAUAGGCUAUGAGUAAGAACCCUUUUUUUCCACAAAAAUGUAGUAUUUCUUCAGCAUAAGGAUGAAGCUGACUGAGAAAGAGGGUAGAAGUUCAUAACAUAUCCACUUAGAGGAAGGAAGUGAUGUAUUACUAUAAAAUCCACAGCUAAAAAAUUCAGAAGGCUGAAUUCAGUAUUAUGUUUUUCUGUCAUGAAAUGUGGCAAAGCUGGAUUCUUAAGCUGGAACUGUGCAAUAAGAACUCGUUACUGUGACAAUGUUACUUCUUUAAAAACAGUACCUUUGGAGAGGAAAAAAUAUAUUUAAAAACUCAUCAGAAUAAUUGUAACUGAUACCUAUACAAACAAAAUGGGUUUAUUUCUAGAAAUGUAUAAUUCAGAUAGCAGAGGUCUCCCGUGCAAAACUUGGGUCCAAAGGAUCCUGCAUACAAACAACGUCGAGGAAGCGCAGAAGGUUUUUUCAGGCCAGAAAUGCAACAGCCCUGUUUCACAACCAAGAAGCAUCCAGAGAACAGAGCUGGAGACCAGCAGUGACUGAACAGGCUGAGCCCUCGGGCAGGGGGAGUGACUCACAGGGAUGCACUCAGUCACUUGGAUUUGGAACAGUUGCACCUUUUUUUUUUUCCAAUGGAGAGACAAGAUUGUUUUUGCAAGGAAGGGACAGAAUAAAUCAGAGCUGAAAAUGGAUGUAGAGGAGACAGUUACCUUUGAAUUUAUUAACUAAAGGCCCUUUCCUCAUGGUGGGGAAGAGAAACAAAAUCCCACACAUGGCCUGUGCUGGUGCUGCAGUGAAGCUCAGCUGAUAUUUGGCUACCCUGAGUACACAGCAGCUCAGUGGAACAGCUGGGGUCCAACUGGACAGAGAGAUUUGAUUGUAAGAAUUGUACACACUGCGACUUUUUGUGUCCCAUCCUCCAAAUGUUUGUCUCAGAAUUUGUGUAUUUUUCAAGACACCUGAAAUAAACCUGAAAUAAAAACAAAAAUCCUGAUGAGAGCAAUUA